AGCCGCGCCGCGCCGCGCCGCGCUGCCUGCUGGCCGCAGGGCUGCCGGAGAGGCGGCUGGCGGCUCYCCUCGCUACCUGCGGGGUCGCCGCCGGCUCGCCGUGACAUUGGGAGGGGACUCCAGAGGGUGGCGCCGGGGGCAGGAGCGCCCGUGCCCAGCGCCAGCCGCACCUCGCCCUCCCGGCGGCGGCGGGGAGCGGGGCGGCGGGGGGGGGCUCGGCUCCGGCUGCCCAGGCGCGCAGCCCUUCAUUUCCUCUCGCCGUCCGUCGCGCUGCUGGAGGCUCCGGACUAUAAAUAGCAGCUCGCCCGGCGCCGAGCGCCUCCCGCACGCACCGGGGGAAAGUGCCGCGCCGGCCGCCCCGCCGGGCGCCCGCCCCGCUGCCGGACAGAACCGAGGGAGAGAUGGUGCCGACUGAAAGGAAAUCUGCUUUUUCUAAUGAAAAAUAAGAGCUCUGAAGCCUCUGAAGUGGUAGUCCUGGAGCGCUGCUGGGUUGUGGAGUUCAAGARUAAAACAAAUGCUUCAAUAGUUCUCAAGUUUCAGAGUGGAGAACUGGAACUUUACCUUGAAGCUGCAUCGAAGGCAGACUGUGAGUCCUGGGCUGUGGCACUGGGGGAGGCGAACUCGGAAGGUUUGCGGAAUAAAAUUCAGCAGCUCCGGAGGCGGAUCAUGGAAAUCAAAGAGGAGAGRUCAUCAGAUGAAGCACGACAGUUUCUCCCUCCAUCCCAGUUAGACAGUCUAGGAGAGCCCCAGUUUACAAGUAUUCAGAGAAUUGCAAAUGAGCCAAAGCUGGAGUUCAGUCUUGCAUGCAAGGAUCUAGUGGCUGCUACCCGUGAUCGGAAGCUGAACACGUUUAUCCAAGUCUCAGUGGUGCAUCCAGCAGAGCACAUUUUGACACGGUAUUCAAGCACUGAAAUCGUGGAGGGUACAAAAGAUCCACUGUUUUUGACUGGUGUGACAUUCCCACCGGAAUAUCCCAUCUAUGAGGAAACUAAAAUAAAACUAACAGUCUAUGAUGUCAAAGAUAAAUCCCAGGACACGAACUUUCCUUCAGCAGUGGCUGAAGAGCAUGUUAAAGCUUAUGGAUUGAUUAUGAAAGAUGUUCAGACUGGAGAUACUUACACACCUGAAGAUGUCAGCUGGCUGCUCUAUAGAUUCAAAUCAAGUUAG